GUUAGUUGCUCUUUAACUAAUAAACAGCUUGAAUUUUAUUAUAUUAGAAAAGUAUUAUCAUAUUAUUUGUAUCAUCAUGCGUGUAAUGAUUGUCGUAUUGAGUACAUUAUUUGUCUUGGUCACUUUUGGCGACUCAAUAAGUAUCAAGGAAGAUUUCUCGGAGACUAUGACCAAGGAAUCUACAGAUGUGGAAUCAUUCGAGCAAGCCCUAAAUGUGACCAUGUUCAAAGUGGGCGCACGUAACUGCUGGGAGUGUUCGUACCCGUGCAGGGGCAGGUAUUGUUGUGACGGCUAUUACCCGCAGUGCUGCCUUGUUGGCAACAGUUUCUCCAACAUCGAUAUACUAUCUGGCAUCACAAAGGACGAGGGUCAUAUGUUAGCCAUACUAUCUUAUCCUCAAAUACUAUCCAACAAUUUCACAGAAAAUGCGUUCAACACAGCACUCAACCAAAUGAAUGAAGUCUUUCAUAACAUACACAUCGAGACAGUCAGUGAAUACUACUUGAAAAAUAUAGACCCGGAUAACUCACACGAAGUGAGCAGGGCAUUUUCAAAGUUAUAUGGGGAUGUAUUCAUGAUAUGUCCUACCUACUUAUUUGCUAAGCAAUUUGCUAUGAACUCAAACCGGGAUGCAUAUUUCUACAUGCUAACAUACCAAAGCAAUAUAUUUGGUAGUUUAAAAUGGGAUGACCAUGGUGAUGUUGUUCACGGGGCUGACAUGGCCUUUGUGUUCGGACACCCGCUUGAAAAUAUAAAGUCGUCCGAAAAAAACCGAAAACAU